AUGAACGCACCUCGGUCGCCAGUCUCCACAACAAUAACUCCAGAGGAAUCAUCAAUGUCACUAGAUAGGGAGCUUGCAGUAAUAAUCAUCGUCGUAGAAGCGCUAGCGUUUGCUGAAGCCGACGCCUGUGCAGGCGUGUACUCUGUAUCAAAAGUAGAGCUAGAACUCGAGCUGAAAUUGAGAGCAGGCGCCGAUGUCGACGUUGCUUCCGAGUUUGCAUUCGUCGUCAAGGCCUUGUGUGCGGAGGCAGGUGCACUGGGUUCUACCGGUGGCGGUGUGUCUACCGCUGCUGCGGAAUCUUCUACGAUAACUGGUGCUGUUUCUGGUGUAGUUACGCUCGGUGUCGUCGCUGCUGAGCUCGGUGUCGUCGCUACUGAGUUCGGUGUUCUUGCUGCUGAGCUCGACGUCUGCGCUGCUAGGCUCGGCGUCCUCGUUGCUGGGGCUGGGCUCGACGCUCUAACUGUCUCGGUCGAGCUGAUUGCCGUUGGGGGUGGGGUCGUCUGGAGUCGUGUCUGUCAAAGUAUCAGCGGCCCCGGAAACGAUGUCCGUUACCGUGCUGAAGAGGGGCAUCGCGACAAUAGAGAUUCCAGUGCGCUAUCGAGUUGGACGAUAAGAUGCUAA